UUGCCGCCAUCGACCAGCAUCUGUCUUGGAUUUCAUCGACCUUAGUACUUUGCUUUGCUGGAUACCAGUCCCCGCCUCCCCCCUUCAAUGGCCUCUAACAUACCCACUCGUCGUAUCACUCGGCAAUUCCGCACAACAGCCCAGAAGGAUAACGAAAAUGCCACCGCCCGUGUUGCUCGCCCGAUGACACGGUCAAAGCCACCAUCAAAUUCUGGUGCGCUGGCCCCGGCCUCCACCGCAACCAGCAGAGUGACCGCCCCCACUCUUGCCUCGAGGGCCAAAGUGGUUGGCAAGGACGAGAACAAGGUAGACCACACUGCACAGGGGAAGCGUAAACGUGAGGCGCUCGGUGAAGUUACGAAAAAUACCACCAAGAAUAUCGCAGUGGCUUCCAAGGACUCUAAGGCUGAAAAGUUUGACGGUGUCGUCAUCAAGACCGCCACUAACGUCCGCCAACCACUACGUACUGUGGCCGGUCCUACAACCCGGCGUUCUGCCAGAGGGGGCGUGCCAGUGCCAUCACAAAUACAUCCUUUGGAAGAGGUAAAGGAAGACGUCAGGGAGCCGGUAAAAAACGCUCCAGUAUAUGUACAACCACGUGAAGCAAAGAUGGCCGUCGAAGACGACCGAGUGUUUAAGAAACGGAGAACGUCCUCUGAUGUACCUGACGACGUCAAGUCUUUCGAUGAGGAGGACCAACACGAGGUCGCCCAAGCUCUGGAACUUGGCGUCGAAAGUGAACCGGAAGCAGACCCGAACGGUGAUGACUGGGACGACCUCGACGCAGACGACGCCGACGACCCACUCAUGGUCAGUGAAUAUGUUGUUGAAAUUUUUCAAUACAUGAAGCAGAUCGAGUUAACUACGCUUCCAAACCCUGACUACAUGUCGUGUCAAAAGGAACUCGCUUGGUCCAUGCGUGGCAUUCUGAUCGAUUGGCUAGUGCAGGUUCAUGCUCGCUUCCGUUUACUUCCAGAAACCCUCUUCCUUUGUGUCAACAUCAUUGACCGUUUCCUUUCUGCCCGUGUCGCGUCGCUCGCAAAGCUUCAACUUGUCGGUAUAACAUGUUUGCUAGUCGCCGCGAAAGUCGAGGAAAUCGUUGCCCCCUCCGUCUCACAUUUUCUUCAUUGCGCCGAUUCGUCAUACUCAGAAGCAGAGAUCCUCCAAGCAGAGCGUUAUGUCCUUAAGACACUCGACUGGAACCUCAACCACCCCAAUCCGAUGCACUUCCUGAGACGGAUCAGCAAGGCCGAUGACUACGACGUCAAAGCACGAACAGUCGGAAAAUACCUCCUCGAGGUCGCAGCGCUCGAGUGGAGAUUACUUGCAACACCGCCCUCGUUGGUUGCCGCUGCCGCCAUCUGGCUAGCCAGAUUGAUAUUAGGUAAUGACAAAUGGACACCUAACUUGGCUCAUUACUCGUCGUAUACCGAGAGCUUGCUCAUACCGACUGCCAACAUGAUGUUGAAUUACAUCCUGAAGCCAAUACGUCAUGAGUCUUUCUUUAAGAAGUAUGCCGGAAAACGCUAUCUCAAGGUCAGUGUAUGGGUUCGUGAGUGGGCGCUUGAACGGUGGGAGGAAGGAGCGCAGGCUUCACUGGCCCAAGAUUUACCGAAGCUUAAGGCGUUGAACCGCACCGAGAGGGCACGGCAGGAAGCUGCUGAUGUGCUACAUGGAGGCCUGGAGGACUCGUAGCGACGCGCAGGUCGCAUCAACUAGGGUCUCGAUUACCUCCGUUUUAAUGGCUCCUCAUGACGAAAUCAAUCAUGCAAUAAAGGAUACCUGCAAACAUCACACGCAUUCUACCACCAUCCAGUUUUUUCACUCACGAUCCAUUGUGCAACCUCCACACUCUCAUCUACAUUUCUAGUCUGUUUUAUUUUUUGAAAAAUA